CAGGACCGGGAGGUGCCGACGCACUUGGCGGGAGAUAGGAAAGUGGUUCUGUGCGCGCUUGGAGCGGCCGCAGUUCCUGCUAGUGCACCGCGGGACCUGCGGACGCACUGACGUCUGAGCUGCUCCCGGGGUCCGGAGCGGCCCGAGCAGCCCGAGUCCUGACCCCGGCCCGGCUCCCGCUCCGGGCUCAGCCGGCGGGCGGUCGGGCGCGGUGCGGCCCGGGCCGGGGGGAUGUCUCGGCGGACGCGCGGUGAGGAGCUGGAUGAACUCCACUACCAGGACACAGACUCAGACUUGCUGGAGCAAAGAGACAGCAAGUGCAAGGUCAAAUGGACCCAUGAGGAGGAUGAACAGCUAAGGGCCCUGGUGAGGCAGUUUGGACAGCAAGACUGGAAGUUCUUGGCCAGCCACUUUCCUAACCGUACAGACCAGCAAUGCCAAUACCGGUGGCUGAGGGUUCUGAAUCCUGACCUUGUUAAAGGGCCAUGGACCAAAGAAGAAGACCAGAAGGUCAUUGAGCUGGUCAAGAAGUAUGGCACAAAACAGUGGACGCUGAUUGCCAAGCACCUGAAGGGCCGGCUGGGGAAGCAGUGCCGUGAGCGCUGGCACAACCACCUCAACCCUGAGGUGAAAAAGUCCUGCUGGACCGAGGAGGAGGACCGCAUCAUUUGUGAGGCCCAUAAAGUAUUGGGCAAUCGCUGGGCUGAGAUCGCCAAGAUGCUGCCAGGGAGGACGGACAAUGCUGUGAAGAAUCACUGGAACUCCACCAUCAAAAGGAAGGUGGACACAGGAGGCUUCCUGAAUGAGUCCAGAGACUGCAAGCCUGUUUACUUGCUGCUAGAGCUUGAGGACAAGGAAGGCCACCAGGGUGUGCAGUCCGUGGAAGGCCAGGGAAGUCUUGUGACCAGCUGGCCCCUGGCGUCCUCUGUGGUGAAGGAAGAGGAGAGCAGUGAGGAAGAGGUUGCAGCAGCUGCUAUUUCUUCUAACGAGCAUGAUCCUGUCCCUGUAGAGCUGGGCCAAGUGCACAGCCUAGGGUCCCUGGAGGAAUUCAAGCGUGAAGACCAGGAAGACUCCUCACCAGAAAUGAGCCUGCCCUACAAGUGGGUGGUAGAGGCAGCAAACCUCCUCAUCCCUGCUGUAGGAUCCAGCCUCUCUGAAGCCCUGGACUUGAUUGAGUCGGACCCCGAUGCUUGGUGUGACCUGAGUAAGUUCGACCUUCCUGAGGAACAGUCUGCAGAAGGCAGCAUCAAUAGCAGCCCAGUGCAGCCCCAAACACUGCAGUAUCAGCAACAGCAACAGGCACUGCCAUCCCGCCAUGCUGCCACACUGGGACCCAGCAUGACUGAGUAUCGGCUAGAUGGCCACACCAUCUCGGACCUAAGCCGGAGCAGCCGGGGCGAGCUGAUCCCCAUCUCCCCCAGCACUGAGGUUGGGGGCUCAGGCAUUGGCACUCCACCCUCGGUGCUCAAGCGGCAGAAGAAGCGACGCGUGGCCCUGUCUCCUGUCACAGAGAAUAGUGCCAGCCUGUCCUUCCUGGACUCCUGUAACAGCCUCACCCCGAAGAGCACGCCUGUCAAGACCUUGCCCUUCUCUCCUUCUCAGUUUCUGAACUUCUGGAACAAACAGGACACCUUGGAGCUAGAGAGCCCAUCUCUGACGUCCACUCCAGUGUGCAGCCAAAAGGUGGUGGUCACCACGCCCCUGCACCGGGAUAAGACACCCCUACAUCCGAAGCACGCUGCGUUUGUAACCCCAGAUCAGAAGUACUCCAUGGACAACACUCCCCACACGCCAACCCCAUUCAAGAAUGCCCUGGAGAAGUAUGGACCACUGAAGCCCCUGCCCCAGACCCCACACCUGGAGGAAGACUUGAAGGAGGUACUGCGCUCUGAGGCUGGCAUCGAGCUCAUCAUUGAAGAUGAUGUGAGGCCUGAGAAGCAGAAAAGGAAGCCUGGGCUGCGACGGAGCCCUAUCAAGAAAGUCAGGAAAUCUCUGGCUCUUGACAUCGUUGAUGAAGAUGGGAAGCUGAUGAUGUCUACACUGCCCAAGGCUCUCUCCUUGCCAACCAAUGUCCCAUCCAGCUCCUCCAGCCUCACCCUGCCAGGUAUGAAAGAGGAUAACAGCUUGCUCAACCAGGGCUUCCUGCAGGCCAAACCGGAGAAGGCGACGGCGUCCCAGAAGUCCCGGAGCCACAUUCCAGCCCCUGCCCCUAUGACCAACGCCUGGAAGAUGGUGGCCUGCGGGGGCACCAAGGACCAGCUCUUCAUGCAGGAGAAAGCCCGGCAGCUCCUGGGCCGCCUGAAGCCCAGCCACACAUCUCGAACCCUCAUUCUGUCCUGAGGGGCUCUGAGGCCACAAGCCUGUUCUUAUGUUUACAGGGGCUAGGGUGCAAGGCAGGGUGGGGUCUGAGUUGACAGUGACCACCUACAGGAAGCCUCUGCUGCCAGCCCCCUCCUCAGUCUGCUCAGGUGGCAGCAGAAGGGCCACACUGUCCCCAAGUCUAGCUGCAGAAGGUUCCUGGUGCUAACAGAUCAAAGUCCCACUCCUGGGCCUGCCUGUCCCAUCCCCAAAGCAAUAUAGAGCUCUGCAAGCUUCUCCCAGGCUCUUGUCAGGCCUGGCCUCAUCUCUGACCACUGCAUAGGACAGGGGACAUGUCCAGGGGGCUCCCAUUUCUUAGCCCCAGUUGUUACUCUCUUUAUUGAAUAAAAUACCUUUCUCCCU